UCAAACUCUUACGAAGGACCUCUCGAGUCGACCGCUCGCUCUUCUGAAUUACAACCCACACCAUUAACAGAUUUCGCUAAAGUAUACCACAGCGGUCAGUCAUGGAACAUUGGUAGAGAAGCAAAGCCUCCUGUCGUUCAGCCUGUUGCAAAAGAACGCACUGAGGUUAGAAGCGAGAAGGACCGCGAGCAUGGAAAGAAAGCUGAUCUACAUCUCAAAAAACCUGUUGUGGUUGAAAAAACUUUACCUGUCACAAGCGAAGAAGAGAUUGGAAAGAUCAGGUUAAUAGCAAGAGUUCCCCCCAAGCCUGAGGAGGAGGCUGACUCGGAUAAAUUGACGAAAGAAAAAGAUUCAUCCGGAUUGUUUGGUUUUUGGAAAAAAGGGAAAAGUAAACAACGUCCAGAGACCAAGGACGAAUACCAUCCAACUGCAGAGAAGUUCGAAGGGCCUAUGCUUAAAAUCCAGCGACAGAAAGACAUCGAUCAACUUCCUUUCAAAGUGCCAACUACGGCCACUCAUGAGAAAUCUGCAGAAGUUUCGAAAGUAACUCAACCAAGUCAUCUUUUCGGCAGAUGGCGCCACGAAGGUGACGAAGAAACGGUCGAAAAGGAUAAAGUACGACCUGAAAGCUAUGGAAUAACAACUAACUCGUAUAAAGGUCCUCUCGAAUCAACUGCUCGUCAAUCCGACUUAGAACCAGUUCCAAUUAAGAGCUAUGCUCAUGUGUACCACCAUGGUCAGUCAUGGGAAACUGGUAAGAGCGCAAAAGUUUCCGUCUCUAAGUCUGAUGUUAAGGAGCAUGAGAAGAAAGAAAGCGAACGCAAUGUUGAGAGACAAGCUAUUGUACAUUCAAAAAAGUCUCCAGUGAAAGAAAAACCUUCACCCGUCCCAAGCGAAGAAGACACUAGAAAGAUCAGGCUUAUAGCGCGCGUGCGACGAAGUUCUGAUGACGAGCCAGAACCAAAAAAAUCAGAGAAGGAGCAUGCGUCACCCAGCUCUCUCGGCUCAGCAAUGGGGAAAAUUGAAGAUAAGGGGGCGCAUGUAGACAAGUCUUCUAUUGAUACGUCAAAGAAGACUUAUCGCCCUCAUCUCUUUGGUAGGCGUCAUGAAGACGAAGAAGAAACUGUUGAAAAAGAGCGACUGAAACUGGAAUCUUAUGGUAUGCCAUCCACAUCAUAUGAAGGCCCUCUUGAAUCGACUGCUCGUGCUUCGGAAUUACAACCUGUACCGUUGAAAGACUAUGCUCGUGCAUACCACAGCGGUCAGUCAUGGGGUGCAGUCAAACCUGUGGGGAAAAUCACUGAAGGUGAGCAUGACAAGAAAAAAGACGAGUACAUCUCGAAAAAAACCGAAGACGAUCAUGCUGCUGAGGAGAGAGCCAGCGGUCAUGGUGCUGAAAAGAAGGCUAUCCUUCAUUUGAAAAAAUCUCCAGCAGCACAAGAAAAGUCACCCACAAGAAGCGAAGAAGAAACUAAGAAGGUUAGGUUGAUAGCUCGCGUUUUACCCAGCACAUCAGAGGACGAGGCAGAUUCAAAAAAGACCGAAAAAGAUGGGGAAUCAAGUGGAAUAUUUGGUUUUUGGAAAGCCGGGAAAAGAAAGCAACAUGAAGCGACAAGAGUUGAAACUCCUGCGAGUACAGAAAAGUACGAAGGUCCAGUGGACAGGAUAAAUCGCCAGAAGGACAUUGAUAAGCUUCCUUUCAAAGCCCCAGCACCUGUCCCGUACCGGCCGAGAUCACGGGAAGGUGAACAACAGGGGCGCGCGUUCACGUCAUCUACACAUGAGGUAGAAACAACCCACAGACCUCAGCUGUUUGGCAGAUGGCGUCACGAAGGUGAAGAGGAGACGGUGGAAAAGGACAAAAUACGAUCUGACACUUAUCGUCUACCAUUAGGAUCCUAUGAAGGCCCUCUCGAGUCAACGGCUCGUCAUUCUGAGCUUGAAUCAAAGCCAUUGCGCGACUAUGCCCAAGCUUACCAUCAUGGUCAGUCCUGGGAUGCUACUAAAGAUACAAAGGUCUCCACUCGCUCGGCUGAGGGCGAACAUUUAACUGGGAAGAAAGCGCGACACCACCUGCAGAAAUCUCCGAGAAAGGAGAAAUCUUCAUCCAUCUCAAGCGACGAGGGUGAGCAAAAGGUCCGACUGGUAGCACGAGUAGUCCGCAAAUCAUCUGAGGACGAAUUGGAUUUAAACAAACAAGAAAAGGAGAAAGAAGUCUCUGGAUCAUUUGGUCUAUCAGGGGCACGAGAAGUUGAACAGAAGCGGACCGGUAAGCCAUCUGCAUCUGUGCCAGAAACAACACCACGAUAUUUGUUUGGUAGAUGGCGUCAUGAAGGUGAUGAAGAGACAAUUGAAAAAGAAAGAAUACGAUUCGACGCCUACGGUUUGCCAACAGUUUCUUAUAAAGGUCCUCUCGAAUCAACUGCUCGU